AUGAUGAAUUUAUCGAAAAUUAUACGACCACUUUUGACAAAAUCGUCACCUUAUAAUUUUGUUGGUGCUUUAAGAAUGGCUAGCUCAAUUAGACCUCUUGGACCAAAAUCUCAUAUUCCAUCUUUCCAAGGAAAAGCUGUUGUAGAUGGAGAGUUUAGACAAAUAUCUAGCAAGGAUUAUGAAAACAAAUGGCUUGUUAUGUUUUUCUAUCCAUUGGAUUUCACAUUUGUCUGCCCAACAGAAAUAAUUGCUUUUGGUGACAGAGCCAAAGAAUUUAAGGCUCUUGGAGCUGAAGCUGUUGCUUGUUCAUGUGAUUCUGAAUUUUCUCAUCUUGCAUGGGUUAACACUCCAAGAAAGAAAGGUGGAUUAGGAGAUAUGCAAAUUCCUAUUUUGGCUGACUUUGACAAAUCUAUCUCUAGAAGUUUUGGUGUUCUUGAUGAAGAGACUGGACUUUCAUAUCGUGGUUUAUUUAUUAUCGACCCAAAAGGAAUGAUUCGCCAUUGUUCUGUUAAUGAUCUUCCUGUUGGUCGUAGUGUCAAUGAAGUUAUUCGCCUCUUGAAAGCUUUCCAAUUCACUGAUAAACACGGUGAAGUUUGUCCAGCAGAAUGGGAAGAAGGAAGUGAUACUAUCAAACCAGCUGAGGCUAACAAAUAUUUCGAAAAGAAAAACUAA